UGGGGCCACAGAACACAUUGGAAGGAGCUGCUGGAUUUGUCGCAUUUUGACAUAGUAUCGAAGCAAAUCUCAUUCUCUGUGGCAAAUUUUACUGUUUUCUCUACAUCAUGAAGUGCCUGAUCAUACAAUUCUGGAUGUUGGCUCUACUGGUCUCCCAGGCUCAGGCUAAUGUGACAGAGACUGUGCCAACAAGUAUAGAUUCUACAACUAAAACUACAACUCAACCCAUGACUAUGCCAAUAAGUGUAGAUUCUACAACUACAACUACAACUCAACCCACGACUACGCCAACAAGUGUAGAUUCUACAACUAAAACUACAACUCAACCCAUGACUACGCCAACGAGUGUAGAUUCUACAACUACAACUACAACUCAACCCAUGACUACGCCAACAAGUGUAGAUUCUGCAACUAAAACUACAACUCAACCCAUGACUACGCCAACAAGUGUAGAUUCUGCAACUAAAACUACAACUCAACCCAUGACUACGCCAACAAGUGUAGAUUCGUCAACUAAAACUACAACUCAACCCAUGACUACGCCAACAAGUGUAGAUUCUACAACUACAACUACAACUCAAUCCACUGUGCCAAUAAGUGUAGAUUCUACAACUAAAACUACAGCUCAUCCCACUGUGCCAAUAAGUGUAGAUUCUACAACUAAAACUACAACUCAACCCAUGACUACGCCAAUGAGAGUAGAUUCUACAACUACAACUACGGCAUCAUCCAGCAACUCACUGACAGUUUCCGUCAUCAGCUAUACUCUUUCCAUCCUGCUUUACAUGCUGUUGAAUUGAGCAUUACCUGAUUCAUCCCUGGACUAAAAAAAAAAGCAAACCCUGACUGUUUAACAAAGAACUGUAGUAUAUGUUAUAAUUGAAGGUAUAUACUGUUAUAUAAUUAUUAUUUUUAUUAUAACCAGUAUAUGACUACAUUUAUAGUAGUAUAAGCCAAAACUUAACAGCUCAUGCUGAAAUGCUUGAAAUAAGUUAGCUUUGAUGACAAAUGUAAACUAUUUCUAUGGAUGAAUUAAUGAAAUUUGCCUUUAAAUUACAUUUUAUUCAGUGAAGGAGAAAAAAUUGUGAUGGAUGUAUUUAAUGUUUAAUGAGUGAGCUUUUUCUGGAAUAAAAUAGGUUAAACAAAGUCAGUCAAUUCCUUUUACUCAGUUUAUGAUAUCACCCUGGGGAACCUUUAUUUAAACCUUUGGCUAAGAAUCAAACAAAUGAGUCAAGCAAGAUCUACACGAUCAGAAUGUCAGAUAAUCUAGUUGACCAUAUUUCUGGUUCAAUAAGUUUACUAGUCUGAUACUGAAGAGGGAGUGCAUGUAUUUUUCUGGUCACAAAAAUAUGAUGAUCAAAAACAACGUGUAUAUAUAAAAACACACACACAUAUAUAUAUAAUGUAUAGGCCUUUACUGUAUAUUAGUGCUGUCAAACAAUGAAUCGUGUUGAAUUACAAAAAAUAAUUUUGUAUAUAUAAAUACAAACAUAUGAAAAAUGUUGUUUACAUAUUAAAUAUACUUAUAUAAAAUGUAAGAAUAUAUAUAUAUAUAUAUAUAUAUAUAUAUAUAUAUAUAUACACACACACACACACACGUCCUGUAUGUGUGUGUAUUUUUAUAGCCUAUAAAUAAUAAAUAUACACAGUACACAAACAUACAUUAUAUGUUAAAAAAUUUUUUAUUAAUUGCGAUUCAUUGUUUGACACAAGCACUACACACACACACACACACACACAUAUAUCUAUAUAUAUAUAUAUAUAUAUAUAUAUAUAUAUAUAUAUGUGUGAAUCAACAAAUAGAACUAACAAAUAUUGAAUGUAAUGUAAAGUUGCUUUGUAACGUUUUGUAUUGUAAAAAGUGCUAUACAAAUAAACUUGAAUAUAUUAGGGGUGGCAUGGUUCAACUUUUUCAAGGUUUGGUGUGUUUCACGGUUUUAGAUUCAUGGUUUCGGUACAGUUUGGUAUGUGCUAUGUUUAUGGAAAAACUAUAGGCCUACUUUCAAAAAAAUAAAAUAAAAUAAGAAUAUUCUAUCUUUCUCUU